AUGGCCUCCCCGCCCGCAAACCACCCAUUCCUGCGACCAGCCAUAACGGCCACCACCGCCCCUCCGGGGUCCUUCAACCCGCCCGACAACACGGCCUUCUACCAGCCCAUGGGGACGAGCAUCCCAUCUAGCGCGCGCACGAGUCUGCGCCCAGCGUCGCAGGUGUCCGCCGCGCCGAGCGCGACACCAAGCGCGCCGGCUGCGCUGUCGUCCCCUGCACCGCCGGUACCGGCGAUCCCGCGCUCCCCGCGCCCCGAGACGGCGCGCACUAGCUCCACGCCCGUCGUGCCAGCCGCCGCGAGCGUGCCCGCGCCCGCUGCUGCCCCGGCGACGACAACGACGGCGAAUGGGCUCGCUGCGCCCGAGCCGCCGAGGAAGCUGUCGCGAUGGGAGGAGAAGGUGCAGGGCGACCUUGCUGGCUGGCGCGGUGGUGUCGGCGAACCCCGCUCGUCGGUUCCCCAUGCUGCCGCGUCGUCCAACACGUACUACGGCCAGCCGCCCACCGGCACGAUCGGCCGCGACCUCCCAAAGGAAAUUGUGCGCGUCGAGAGGGACUAUUCGCUGGGGGAUAUCUGCCAACUCUCGACCAACUUCCCCCUCGAGCUCGACGCCCGCAUCACCCCAACAGACUUUGCCAAGUUUAUCGAGGCCGUCAACGAGCCGCUGCGCGACGCGUACUCGGUCUCUGGGGCCGUCGUGGACAAUGUCAUUGCCGUGCUGUCGUGGUGGACGAGUCUGUGGUGGCGGACGAGCCACUUUGAGAAGGAACUGCAACGCGCCGAGGCCGUCAUCCGCGAGGCCAACGAGACGACGUUCAACCCCGUCGGCCUGAACGUGCUCUCGCCGCGCGAGGUCGCGCUGCAAUAUAUGCCCGGACCUCUCUACCGUGACCCCUGGGCCAAGCGGGAAGCAUGGCGCAAGUCGCCCAUCUUUAGCAACAAGGCCAUGUUCCGCAACCUCUUCCCCGGCCUCGGCACAGCCAUCGUCGCGUUCACCGCGUACGUCAUCUACGACGACUACAUUGCCAAGAAGCCCGAGGGGCACCACUAGUUUUGCAUCAUGAGAGGACAUGGAUCGGAUAGCAGCGGA